AUGGUCACAGCUGAAGAGGAGGGAGGAAGAAGUAAGAGUCAUCGUUAUUGGCCUAAACUGGGCUCUAAGCACAGCUCAGCCACUUACGGGAAGUUCAAGGUGACAACCAAGUUCCGCACAGACUCCGGCUGCUACGCAACUACUGGUCUGAAGGUCAAACAUCUUCUCUCUGGUCACGAGAGGACAGUGUGGCAUUUGCAGUAUACUGACUGGCCAGACCAUGGAUGUCCAGAAGAAGUCCAAGGCUUUAUUUCUUACCUGGAGGAGAUACAGUCGGUGCGCCGCCACACCAACAGCGUGUUGGACAGCAGCAACAACUGCAACCCUCCCAUCGUGGUUCACUGCAGCGCAGGGGUAGGAAGGACCGGAGUGGUCAUCCUGACAGAACUGAUGAUUGGGUGCUUGGAGCAUAAUGAAAAAGUGGACGUUCCUGUGAUGCUGAGACACCUGCGGGAGCAGAGAAUGUUUAUGAUCCAGACCAUAGCCCAGUACAAGUUUGUCUAUCAAGUGCUCAUCCAGUUUCUGCAAAACUCCAGACUUAUUUAAUCAUCCCAGACCCAGCUUUGUGAAUCUGGCUGAACCUUGCUGAUGAACAAGGGGAACUGCCUUGACAACACUGUGUGCAUAUAUUGCACUUUUUGAAGUUGUCUUGAAAGUAAGGAAUGAUUGUUCUUUACUAAAGUCUCCCGUGGAUUAUUUUAUACAAGAUAUAAUUUAUUUUUCUUGGAAUAACUUGUGAAUUACUUUAAUGACUUGUAAAACUUCUAGUGACCUUUUAAUUGAACCACAUUUGACAUGACUGGUCUGCAUUGUAACAUGUCCAUAAGGAAAGCAAUCCUUUGUAAAGGCAGUUUACUGGCUUUUAUUUUGCUACACAGCUUCUGAAAGGAA